AUCAUAACAAGAUUUCAACUUGAUCACUCAUAGUUGUCCUGCUUCCAUUUCAUACAGCAUCAAACUCUUAGAAAUCUUUUAUCCACACGAUGCACAACACAACAUCGUCUGAUGGAGCCUGGCAGGGCGAUAAUCCUUUGAACCACCCUCUUCCACUCUUAAUCAUUCAAAUCACUUUAGUCCUUUUCAUCAGCCGCAUCCUUUCCUUCUUCCUCAAACCCCUUCGUCAACCCAAAGUUGUUGCCGAAAUCAUUGGUGGAAUUUUGCUAGGACCUUCUGGUAUUGGGCGCAACAAGACUUUCAUGAACACAGUGUUCCCUUCAUGGAGCACUCCCAUUCUUGAAUCAGUAGCCAGCAUUGGCCUCAUCUUCUACCUCUUCCUAGUGGGAGUCGAGCUCGACCUCCGCACCAUCGGCCGCAGCGGCAGGCAAGCCUUCAACAUAGCCGCCGCGGGAAUAUCCCUCCCCUUUAUCUUCGCCAUUGGAGUCACCUUCCUCCUCCAACGCGCCAUCCGUACCGAGACCAACGUGGAGGUUGGAUACAUCCAGCUCUUCAUCUUCUUAGGUGUCUCUCUCUCCAUCACCGCCUUCCCUGUCCUCGCACGCAUCCUAGCAGAGCUCAAGCUGCUCACAACACACGUCGGAGAAACCGCCAUGGCCGCUGCAGCCUUCAACGAUGUCGCCGCGUGGGUUUUGUUAGCACUUGCGGUGGCCUUAGCUGGUGGCGGACACAAAAACAGUGUCCUCACAUCAAUACUGGUGCUCUUCUCAGGAGUUGCUUUUGUUGCAUUCAUGAUGUUAGCGGUUCGACCGAUGAUGGAUCGUGUUGCGCAGCGGUGUUCACGGGAGGAGUAUGACGUGAUUGACGAAAUGUACAUUUGUUUGACGCUUGCUGGGGUGAUGUUGUGUGCGUUUGUGACAGAUUUAAUAGGGAUACACUCAAUUUUCGGGGCGUUUGUUUUUGGGCUGACUAUACCGCAAGGGGGUGAGUUUGCAAGUAGGGUAACAAAGAGGAUUGAGGAUUUUGUUUCGACAUUGUUGCUUCCUCUGUAUUUCGCAUCGAGUGGGUUGAAAACGGACGUGGCUAAGUUGCACGGUGUAGUGGCAUGGGGGCUACUCUUGGUGGUUAUAGCAACAGCGUGCGUUGGGAAGAUUUUGGGGACAUUUGCGGUAGCGAUGAUGUGCACAAUUCCGGUGAGGGAGUCGUUGACACUUGGAGUUUUGAUGAAUACUAAAGGCUUGGUUGAGCUUAUCGUUCUCAAUAUUGGCAAAGAAAAGAAGGUCCUCAACGACGAGAUGUUUACAAUCCUAGUGCUCAUGGCUCUCUUUACCACCUUCAUCACAACUCCAGCAGUGGCUGCAAUAUAUAAACCUUCUCGUUCUGCUAAUUCCCUCAUCCACCUUCGCAGGAUGCCAAAACCACCACCACUGACAGACACAGAAGAGAAGCUUCGCAUUCUUGCAUGCAUCCAUGGAACUGGAAACAUUCCCUCACUCAUCAGCUUCAUCGAACCGGUUCGAGCCACCACCACUUCCAAGCUCAAACUCUACGUUAUGCAGCUCACUGAACUCACUGACAGCUCAUCCUCCAUCUUAAUGGUCCUACGCAGUCGAAAGAGUGGUUUCCCCUUCAUCAACCGAUUCCAAAGAAACACAACGCAUGAGCAAAUUGCCACUGCAUUCCAAGCUUAUGGCCAUGUGGGGCAAGUCACAGUGCAUCACUUGACAUCCAUCUCAUCAUUGGCUACAAUCCAUGAAGACAUAUGCCAUGUUGCAAAGGAGAAAUGUGUCGCAAUGAUCUUAUUGCCCUUUCACAAAAGGUGGAGAGGGGAAGAUGAAGAAACAGUUGAAAACAUAGGGCAGGGAUGGAGAGAAGUCAAUCAGAGGGUGCUUCAAAAUGCACCUUGCUCUGUUGCAGUACUUGUUAAUCGCGGUGUGGGGAGAAGAUACCAACAAGGAGCAGUGACUAAUGUUUCUUCAGGGAAGAGGGUGUGCAUGAUUUUCAUUGGUGGGCCGGAUGAUCGUAAGGCUUUGGAGUUGGGAAGUAGGAUGGCAGAGCAUCCAGCAAUUAGGUUGUCUCUUGUGAGAUUCACUUCAGACAGGGAAGCAAAGGAAGAGGGACAAAACUGCAACUCAUCAACAUCAGCUAACAAUUGGGAAGAAGAGAAGAUGUUGGAUGAAGUGGCAAUAAGCGAGUUCAAAACUAAAUGGCUAGGUGCAGUGGAGUACAUUGAAAAGGACACAUGCAACAUAGCAGAGGAGGUGGUGACAAUUGGGAAGGGUAAGGAGUACGAGUUCAUAAUUGUGGGGAAGGGGCAACAGAUUCUUGAGUCAACCAUGAUGCUAAACAUACAGGAUUCUCGUCUGGAACAUGCUGAGCUAGGGCCUGUUGGAGAUCUGUUAACUUCAUCAGGUCAAGGCAUUACGAGUUCAGUGCUAGUUAUACAGGAUCAUCAUUUGAAAAAUUCAAACGAAACUACAAUCAGAGAGACAGCAAGUGCCAAUAGUACUGUGAUUAACACUACUAUAUCAGAAAUUGAAUCAUCCGUAUAAAAUGAUGUCAAUAUGUGUGAGCAAUCAGACCAGCACAGAAUAAGGUUACAUAUGUGCAAAAAUAAACCCCCAUUUUGGGUGAUGUAUGUAGGUGGAUGGUUCAUGUAUCUAUAUAGCAAUGGCCUUGUGUUUAAAAAUAUGCAGAUCAUGCACUCUGGUCGAUAUAAUCAAAUAACCACUACCAAAUCCCCCUCCUUCAAACA